GCGAAGGGACAAAAAGUCGCGCUGCGUCACUUUGAACAGAGGUGUGCGGCUAGUCGAUGCUGGUGCUCAUAACGACCAUAACAAUAUUUAGGCUUUUAUAGGAGUUCUGGGUUAAAAACUGAUCAGGAAAGUGAUGCUGUGUCUGUAAACCUGAUAAGAAGACUGAAAAUGAAAGGCACUGCAGGUCAUCUUUGUUAGAGACGACAGAAAUGCAGUAAGAUGGCGAUGGAGCAGUUCAGUGACGUCGUACAGAGAUGUCAACUCGUUCAGGAUGAGAACUUCUCUCCGGCUGACUUCGACCUGUUCCAUGUGGCGGGGAAGAGCUGCAUCGAGCAGGGUCACAGCGCUCACGUCCUGAGUGUCAUCAUCGACGAGAGGAAUAAAAAUAUCGUGCGCUGUAUGGGCUGGAAUCUUCUGGAGCCAUUAGUCAAAGUUCUACUAAAAAAGGAAGAGAAGAACCUGCAUCACUGUCAGGCCAUCUUCUCUCACCUACUGCAGGUGUGCAGUCCUAAAGAGCUGGUGGUAGGUCUGCUGGAGCAGGUGGAGGAAGCUGAUCCUGAUGCUGUGGCUGAAACGAUCGCUCUGCUGCUCACGCCGUUACAGACAGUGCUGCUGAAGCUGGGGAAGAAGAAGUCCUCGACUCUGGGCAUGGCUCUCUCCACCGUGCUCAGUCAGGUGACCAAACUUCCUGUUCCUCAGAGCCGAGAGCAGGAGGAGGACGACGUGUUCGGUUUGUGUCGCUGCUGCACGGUUCUGUCACACUUCAUCCAGCCCUUUGUGGAGGAGAUCAAGGAGAACAUUAAGGAACGUCGCACCAUCUCCAGGGACGACGAGCUCCGGGUGGAGAUCCUGAAAUUCUGUAUGAAGAGUUUGAGCGAGCCUCUGCUCGACGUCCAGCUGAAGGAUCCAGACACGUUCGAGGCGUCUCCUCUCAGAGACUUCGCCACCAACAUCCUGGUCACUCUGUGUAGUAUCGGCGAGUCACUCCCGGAUUUGUUGUCCCACAAUCUUUUGCGGAAGCGCGACGUUCCCGGAUUCCUGGAGGAGGAAGUCCGAUAUCCGAAGGAGUCUCUGGCGAGCCUGGCACAUUUACUGUUCGUGCACCACAUCGCCAUGGACAUGUUCCCCGCUGUGCUCAGCCCAGUUUUUGUCCUACAGUGCAACAUGGAGUAUGUAGAGCUCUUACUCAGCAGAACUGAAGAAUCCCGGCUACAGAAGGGACUGGAGCUGUAUGAGAAGACGCUGGUGCGAGUGGAGGACAGCAGCCUGCCCUGUGACCUUCUGGAUUUAAAAUCUUUUUUAAAUGUUCCACAGAACUUGAUUAAGGUGAUGACGCUGUGUCCGGUUCAGAAUGUGAGGACUAAAGGACUCUCCGUUUUCCAGCUGAGCAUUGACAAAUUUAACACAGAGGCCAAAUACAAGUUUUUCAGGUGCAUGCUGAAAACCAGUGAGCACGCAGGAGUGGAGGGAUUCAUCAUCAAGAACAUCAAGAACCAGAUCGACCUCGCCUUAAAGCCGGGUCAUGAGAACGACUGGUUCCUGGGGAAACAUCUCCUGCCGUUACUGCAUCAAGUCCUGAGUCUUCCUCAGGGACCUGAAACCGACCUGCUACACAAUUUAGACAGGAUUAUGGAGUCAUUGAACCUGCUGCGUUAUUUGCUGAUCAGAGAUAAAGAAUGGCACAAUGAGACAGGAAUAUGGACUGAGCUGUGUAUGAUCGAGCAGAAUUACCUGAAGCCCCUGCGCACGGGGUUGAACAUGUCCCGAGCGCAUUACGAGGCCGAGCUGAAGAACAUGAAGGAGAAGAAGAAGAACAGCACGGCAGACUCUAAAGCGCCGGCCUGCAUGGUUACCGUCGGCAACGAGACGUUACCCAACAUGACUCCGGAAAUGCAGCUCCAGGUGCUGCAGUCGGCGCUCUACAUGUUCGAUUUGAUCGAGAGCGUCUUGGCCCGAAUCGAGGAGAUCGCCGAAGCGAAAGGACAGACGUAGGCGAAUCUUGCAAUACGCAGAGCCGGUAGUCUCCUGUACGGGAGCUUUAAAACAAACAUCAGUCAUAAACCGAACACCAGUGUAGUGAGAGAAAACACACUCAUCAGCGUCAUCAGAUCGGGACACGGCCCUGUACUCUGACGCGUGUUCUCGUGUAGUAGUAGCUGUACGAUAUAUACAACACACUGUGACUGACUGUGUGAAUCAUCUUCAGGAGCUACUCAACGAAAUCAUGAUGUCGUUUCUGUUUCAUGGAUCACGAGCAAAAAUUCAGCGUUAAAGGAAUAAUUUGGGCAACGAAAGUGACAUUUUACAUGAAUUACAGACAGAAAGCAAGUGAACCAAGACAACAGAUUCAGCAGAUUGGUGGCGAUAGACAUGUGCCUGAACCAACGCACUUCUGAACGAACAAUGCAGGGAGAUUUUGUGCUGAAUGAGCCUAAUAUAUUUUAAAGAGUAUUCUCUGAGCAGAAAGUUUGCCUGUAAAUAUCUAAAUGGACAUUUCCAGACAUUGAAUAAAGCUUCCUUUUUGUCCAA